AUGCUUUCACACAUUUUGCAGCAGAGAUGCACGAAAAACCUAUAUUACAACGGCCACGAAAUCACAGGAAGCAGAGCACACCACGCUGUGAACCAUCGGUGUGUUGACGGGAACUCCGAAGCUCCAAGCGUCGGCUGCGGAGGAAUAGGUGACCCGGACCAAGCUAGCCUAAUGCGAGUCGUCACCUUGACAAGUAACAACAGAACCGGAAGUCAUCCGCAGAUCCGUCUCACCAGAGGGUGCUUCGAAUUGUGGAAGCCAGCUUCAGUCACUUUCUGUAUUGCACUCAUGAGCUACAGACGAAGCACGAAGCAACAGCAUAAGAGUGGUGCUUCACUUGCAAUUUCUCCGGAAGAAACAAGCCUUUUGCAACGUUACUAA